CUCUCUCACUGGGAUCCCGGGAGAUCAAGCGCAUUUCUGUUCUCAGCCACGUCGCUGUGUGUGGGUCCGCCAAAGCCCAGCACUCUCCCUCUCGGCACCAGAAGUCCCGACGUCAGGACAAAUAUUUACCCAGGAUUGGGACUGGACUCCGCACACCGUUCCCACUUUGCAAAAACCGCUCAGUGCUGAGGCAGGUCAGAGGUUAGGAAUACUGCAGUGAGUAACUCCCCUCCUGAUGGUCCAAAGUCUGUCCACCAUCUACAAGGCACAAGUCAGGAGUGUGAUGGAAUACUCCCCACUUGCCCCUGGAUGGGGGCAGCUCUAACAACACUCAAGAAGCUCGACACCAUCCAGGACAAAGCAGCCGCUUGAUUAUGGGUGAAUCAAAUACAAUGGGUUGCCAGAGAUUUGAUGAAAAGCUGGUGAAAGGGAAGAGAACAUGAUUCCUGUUUGAUCAGAUGCAUUUCUAUUUGGCUCAGGAUGAAGAUUCUCACUGCAUUGUUGUUCCUGGGCACUGUCAGAAUCUCAUCAAGCCAAGAGGAACAUUUCUCUUUGGAGCCUGUGGAAGAUGUGAGCUCAUUGUUGGAGUCACCAGAUCCACACCAGGAGGAAGAGGAGGAGGAGAUCCUGACGUCCCCAGUACAGAGGCUGGCAUAUUCCAUUUCCGAGUUUGGCUAUAAUCUUUACCGGCAGCUGGCCAGCAGCCAUCCCAACGACAACAUCUUCCUGUCACCCCUGACCGUAGCCACAGGCCUAUCCUCAUUGUCUCUUGGUGCCAUCUCCAGGAACAAGGAGAUUUUACACAGUGUCCUCAACUACAAUUCACUGAAUGACUUGGAUAUUCACAAAGUCUACAAGGACCUCCUGACUGACAUUACAGCUCUCCCGAAAACAUUCAAAACUGUCUCACGGAUUUAUGUAAAAAACAAACUGAGGAUGAGAUCGAAUUUUUUGAAACAAGUAGAUUUGCACUAUGGAGCCCGACCCAAGGCCAUGCUGGGGAACUAUCAGGACCUGCAGAACAUAAACAACUGGGUGAAGACACGGACCAAUGGCCUGAUAACACGUGCCAUCAGCUCAAUUCCUGAGGAUGUCAGCCUGUUCUUACUCAGUGCAGCUCAUUACAAAGGCCAACUAUUAACCAAAUUCAAUCCAGCGGAGACCGUCCAAAAACAAUUCACUGUCGAUUACGGUCAGUACAUCAACAUUCCCAUGAUGUCCUGCUCGAACUAUCCUUUACAUUACGGCUACGACUCGGAAUUGAGAUGUAAGAUUGGUAUGUUUCACUACGUGGGUGAUACCAGUCUCCUGGUCUUCCUGCCGACAGAGUUCACCAGGAACCUGAGUGCGAUUGAGGAGAGUCUCAACCCAAUUUUCAUCCAUGACCUGGUCCACCAGUUGCAACAUGUUCAGGCGAGAGUCUUUCUGCCCAAACUCAAGUUUGACAUUGAGCAGGAACUGAAACCAACCCUGGGGGAAAUGCGUCUGUCCGCUCUGUAUACUCCAAGUCAGCUGAAUAAAAUUACAAACGAGGCACUGAUGAUUUCCAGCAUAAAGCACCAUGCGGUCCUCAGUUUGGAGGAAAGGGGGGUUCAGACAGCUCCUACAAUCAACCCCAGUGACAGACAACUCACGAUAGACUUCCACGUCACUCAGCCCUUCCUGCUGGUGUUGUAUGAUAACCCAACUGGCUCUUUACUGCAUAUCGGAAAGGUCCUGGAUCCCAGGGGUCUUGUGGGACACUCUGGCCUUCAAUAGACAAUGGAAGAAAUCUGGAAUAUUAUCCACAGAACCAUCACAAAAUCACCAAACUUUUCACAUAGAAUACAUUCCCUUUGACAUCUCACCCACAGCCCUGAUCUGUUCUUUCAGACUUACCUAAGGUUUUACUUGAUCACAGUUCAGUUCAGAUGAAUCAAUUUCAUCCCUCAGUAACACUUACCCUGUCUCCUGUACCCAGUGGGAUUGGCACGGCCCCUGGGUGCCUGGUUCAUAUCGAUUAUUGGCUAUGUUAAUUCCCCAGGGCAGUGAGGGCUCUGCAGUAGCUGAAUGUAAUCUCUCAGCAAUGAUCGAGGAAGAUCAGCAUACAGCGAGAAAAUAAAACUGUGCAGAACA